GCAAAGAGUUCAGCUGUGGCUACUGAAGAGAAAGGAUAGAAAGACAGAUCCAGAAAGAGAGAGAGAAAUAAAGGAGGAGAAGAGGGUGAAGGAAAAGUGCUUUAACUGCUUGAAGUCCCAGUGACACACACCAGGACCUGAGGAGGAACGUGUUCCAUGGACGGCAGCCGUCGGCUGAGGAGGCAGACGAGAAGGAGCGAAGAAGGGGAUGAGGAGAGCUCUCUCUCUUUGUCUCUCUGGAAAGAAGGGAGACUGGCCUUCACGACAACUGAUCCUCUCUCCACCUCCGUCUGCCGAACUGAAUCACAGGGAACGAAAGAGAAAGCCCCUCAGACACUCUCACACCCACACUAGUACACUAAGAAUCCUUCCCCCCAUCCACACACACAGUUUUGACUGAGCCGUCAUGGGGACAGUGAGCGAACUUUGCGCAUCCAGUUUCCAAGCGUUCCUCCAUCCUGCGGUGAAGGAUCCGCCUCCUCCAGUGCCAGAUGACCUCACCCCUGAGGAGCAGCAUGAGCUGGAAAACAUCCGCAGACGCAAGCAAGAGCUGCUGGAAGACAUUCAGCGUCUGAAGAAUGAGAUAGCAGAAGUGACCAGUGAGAUCGAGAACCUGGGUUCCACAGAGGAGAGGAAAAACAUGCAGAGGAACAAACAAGUGGCCAUGGGCCGAAAGAAAUUCAACAUGGACCCUAAAAAGGGGAUUAAGUUCCUGAUUGAGAACGACCUGCUUAAGCACACCAGCUCUGACAUCGCCCAGUUCCUGUACAAGGGGGAGGGGCUAAACAAGACAGCCAUCGGAGACUACCUUGGGGAGAGAGAUGAGUUCAACCUCCAGGUCCUCCAUGACUUUGUGGAGCUCCAUGAAUUCACCGACUUGAACCUGGUCCAGGCCCUGAGACAGUUCCUGUGGAGCUUCCGGCUGCCUGGCGAGGCCCAGAAGAUCGACCGCAUGAUGGAGGCUUUCGCCCAGAGAUACUGCCAGUGCAACCCUGGCGUCUUCCAGUCCACAGACACCUGUUACAUCCUGUCGUUUGCCAUCAUCAUGCUGAACACCAGCCUCCACAACCCCAACGUGAAGGACAAGCCGGCCGUGGAGCGUUUCAUCUCCAUGAACAGAGGAAUCAACGAUGGAGGAGACCUCCCAGAGGACCUGCUCAGGAACCUGUAUGACAGCAUCAAGAACGAGCCCUUCAAAAUCCCUGAGGACGACGGGAACGAUCUCACACACACCUUCUUUAACCCAGACCGGGAGGGCUGGCUGCUUAAACUGGGGGGACGCGUCAAGACCUGGAAGAGAAGAUGGUUCAUUCUCACAGACAACUGUCUGUAUUACUUUGAGUACACCACUGACAAAGAGCCCAGAGGGAUCAUUCCACUGGAGAACCUCAGCAUCCGGGAGGUUGAGGACAAGAAGCCUAACUGCUUUGAGCUCUUCAUCCCAGAGAACAAGGACCAGGUGAUCAAGGCCUGUAAGACGGAGGCGGACGGCAGAGUGGUGGAGGGGAACCACACCUUCUACAGGAUCUCUGCUCCCACCACGGAGGAGAAGGAUGAGUGGAUGAACAGCAUCAAAGCUGCCAUCAGCAGGGAUCCCUUCUAUGAGAUGCUGGCCACCCGCAAGAAGAAGGUCUCCUCCAUGAAGAGACACUAGAGCUGCUCAGGACUCCUCCUCUUCCCCCCGUUGAGAGAGUUUGGACCCAUCCUGCUGAGACCCUGAUACUUGUGUUUUCAGGCCUGGGGAUGGGGUUGGGGCAGGGGCUGCAGACUGGGGGUUGGGGCCUCUUGCCUCGGUCAGCAUUUCUCUGGGAUAGGCUCUAGCUUUGGGAUUCCACAGACCGACCAACAGGACAGGGUGCAUGCUGUCCUGCCUCCCCCUCCUCCUCUUCCCCCUGCUCCUGUCUCUGUGGCUGAAUGCUCUCCGUCUCUCUCUAAACUCUUUGCUGUGUGUAUUUUGGGAGGAAGGGGUCUAUCGCUUUCUGGGUAAAAUGGAUCCCCUCCCUCAAAAAGACAUGUGCACACACACCCAUACUCUCACACACACCAAUGUCGUACACUGAAGUCAUACACACAAAACACACACACACAACACACACACACACACACACACACACACACACACACACACACACACACACACACACACCUCAUCUAAACUCAGCAGGUCUGAUGGAGUUGUUGUGGCAUCCCAACCAAAAUAUUCUUACUAGCUUUCAAAAGGAAAGGUGAGAUGCUUUUCUGUAUACGUUAAUAUGAUGGGCAACGUGUGUUUGUAGAGCUUACUACUGUAUAUAUUUCCCUCAGAAUCUUGAGCUUUUGGGUUUCAGUUUUACUUUUUGAUAAGGUUUUUAGAAAGACUGAGGGGGAAUGGGUUAUAUUGCCAACCGACGAUUUUUUUGAAACGAGAAUAAACUUUUUUGAAGUCUUUCUGUCAAAGUUGCCUCUCAGGAGAUUGUUACUUGGCUCUGGAUCGGUCUGUAUCAGGAUAAACUUAAGACUCUGUCCAAACUGUCACUCAGUAACUGAAGGAAGAGUUCAUUUACAAUGAGUUUUUAAAAUGAACAUGCUUGCCAUGACAUUUGCCUGUUUAUAUGCACAUCAUCUGUGACAAUAAUUGAGCUUUGACAGCUGUAUUCCUCCACAGCUGUUUGCCCCCGACUCUUCGUUGUUCAUAUGUGUCCCCAGAUGUUUGACAGCAGUUUAGACGUGCUAACUUUGUUGUGAAAACACACUCCGAAACACGGUUGUUAAACACCGUGUCGUGUUCAUUAGGCACCGAAACGGAAGAACGGGGACUGAAAAGGGUGGGGACUAACUUGACUUGUCCCAUGAGAUGUGUUCAUUUUCGUUUUCCAUUGUGUGCACUAAUGUACACUUCCCUGAUGAGUGGUUUGCACAUGGUCUUAGUGUGGGAUUAUGGGCGAGGGCUCAGCUAUCGCACUUCAUUUCCUGUUGGACUUGGAGGUCCAUUCAGGGGACUAGAGAGUCUGUCAGCGAGAGUGUCUGUGUAUCUGUCAGUCAGUACGGGCCACAACUCAGGGGCUCACAGAGUUUUGAGGUGUCUGGAAAUUGAGGUAUUGUCCUCAUCUGCCCUGUCCCUCUAUUCUGUCCUCUUUUCUCUUCUCUUCUCUCUUUCCUUGUCUUUCACGCAUCUCUCUGUUUCCUCUCAUAUUUCUCCUCUCUCUUUCUCUCGCUCACUUUCUGUAAAUGUAACAUACACACAAGAUAAUGGAACAAUAAUCACAUUUUAUGGUGUACAAAUGACUAGGUAUCCCCCUUUCCCGGUAUCCUAUUUCCUAUUCAUUGUCUACUUGACACUCCCAAUGAAAUGUGUCCUAUCAUGCUGCUGGUUAGCUAAUUUACAAAGAUGCUCUUUCUAAGUGGAGCUGGUUAUUUUUACCUCUUAAAUGCAACAAAGAUGCCCUCACCUAUCUUUUUAUCCCAUAGGAGCACUCUUAAAUGUCCUUCCUCAUUUGUAGACACAGUAUAAAAUGCUAGAACAAUCCAGGUUUCACCUUCUCCAACCCACACUCACCAUCCUAAAGCAUUGGAAUAGCUCUCUCACUUAUUUCAAAUAGCUGUUGCAUCCUUUACUGUACAAUAAUACAGUAAUAAUACCUGUAAGACAAACAAGCUGUUGAUCAGGAAUGUACCACUAUGCUCCAUAGUGGUGGAACUACUCUGAUCAGGAAUGUACCACUAUGCUCCAUAGUGGUGGAACUACUCUGAUCAGGAAUGUACCACUAUGCUCCAUAGUGGUGGAACUACUCUGAUCAGGAAUGUACCACUAUGCUCCAUAGUGGUGGAACUACUCUGAUCAGGAAUGUACCACUAUGCUCCAUAGUGGUGGAACUACUCUGAUCAGGAAUGUACCACUAUGCUCCAUAGUGGUGAACUACUCUGAUCAGGAAUGUACCACUAUGCUCCAUAGUGGUGGAACUACUCUGAUCAGGAAUGUACCACUAUGCUCCAUAGUGGUAAACUACUCUGAUCAGGAAUGUACCACUAUGCUCCAUAGUGGUGGAACUACUCUGAUCAGGAAUGUACCACUAUGCUCCAUAGUGGGUGGAACUACUCUCCCAGUGCAAGACCUCUUAAGUCAGCCUUGGUAUACAUGAUUUGUUUUUAAAGUGGAAUCGUACAUGGCAUCACAAUUGCAUCCAGCAAAUGCAGCUUUAUUUGUGCUUUAAAACCUGCUCUACUCUGUGAUCAGUGCCUGGCUGUUGGUUAUUCAUGGUUUUCCUCAUUUAUGGAGGCACAUUCAUGACAAAAAUAAAGAAGCAUCGAUAUUGACAAAUUAUUCAUCAGUAUUAGUUUUAUUUCAAUAUAUUUUUUUGUUGUGCCAAGAAUCUGCUUCCAUAGCACAUAGCCCUGUUUCCCUGAUUUAGUUUCUCCUAGGCUCGUCUCAGCAGACUGCUUAUAGAGAUGACCAGGAGACAGCAAAUAAAACAAUCAGAAAUCUAGACAGAAUUUGGUUACUGGUUAUUUAUCAAGGUUGUAUAUACUUAAAUGUAUAGUGGAUUUAUCUGUUUUUUCAUGUUAUUUCUUGAGUUUUAAUGUAGCAAUAUGAUGUUAUUAUUAGCCCAUUUUAUUUUUGUUUCGUAGUGUUUGAUUUGAGGUUUCUAUCAUUGCCAUGUAAUCAAAAGCUGAAAUAAAGUCAAGACAAACUUGUCAC